AUGGAAGCCGGCUGCUUUAAAAGAGACCACGACCCCCCUCUGUCCGUGUUGUGGAGGGAAAGAUACGAGAUCGGGACCAAGUCACCACCGCCACAGACCCUCAUCAUGAAGUUCUCACCGGCCACCCUCCUCCCGCUCCUCAUGGCGGCGGGAAGCAACGCCGCCCCUUCGCAGAACUCCCCUCGCCAAACCAAACCACCCACCGUCUACCUGGCCGGCGACAGCACCAUGGCCCGCACAAACAGCCCGCACAACGGCUGGGGCGAGUACCUCUCCAGGUACCUCACCAUCUCGGUCGUCAACAAGGCCAUCUCCGGCCGCUCCGCCCGCAGCUUCACCAACGAAGGCCGCUUCGCCGAGAUCGAGCGCCUCGUUGUCCCCAACGACAUCGUCAUCAUCAGCUUCGGGCACAACGACGGCAGCUCCCCCAACUCGGCCAACGACAACGGCCGCAGCGCCUGCCCCGGCACAGGAAACGAGGUCUGCAGGUCAGGCAAGACAGGCGAGACGGUCUACACGUACAACCACUACCUCCAGACGGCCGGUAGGGCUCUCAUCGCCAAGGGGGCCAAGGUCGUCUUCAGCGCCCAGACGCCCAAGAACCUGUGGCAGAACGGGCAGUGGAGCGGGAACUACGAGCCGCCUAGGUUCGUGCCGUACGCUGCUGCCGCGGCGAGGAACGUGGGCAGCGGGGCGAGCUUUGUGGAUCACUACCAGGCUGUGACCAAGACGUAUCAGCGGUUGGGGAGCCAGAAGGUGAAUAGCUUUUACCCUGUGGAUUACACCCACACCAGCCCCGAGGGGGCGGAUGUGAUUGCCCAGGCGUUUGCCCAGGCGGUGUCGAGGGAUUUCAACGGGACGACGGCGGUGAAGCCUUACUUGAGGAACCCGGUGCCGAACCCGUCGGCUGCCAUCGGGAUAUGUAUGACCCGGGUGGGCGUUGUCGUGGCAAGGGGCGUGUGUGACGCCGGCCGGUGUUGUUUGCGAGUCGCUGGUAGCGAUAUCGGCCAUCUUUUUUUUUUCCAGUCUCCGAUUCAAUUUUCAGUUCCAGGAAUUCACCAAUUCAGUUCACCUGCAAAGGCUGUCCAGCGCACAAUGGCAAAAGUUCUCAUCACCGGUAUCAACGGCUACAUCGCCGCGCACACCGCCGCCCGCUUCCUCCAGGCCGGCUUCAGCGUCAGGGGCACGGUCCGAAACAAAACCUCUCCUAAUGUCGAGUCCUUGCUUCGCGCAUUGUCCGCACCCCAGAAAGCAGGCGGCGGCAAGGUCGAGAUAGUCGAGGUUCCUGACAUCACCAUCGAAGGGGCGUUUGACAAUGCGGUCCAAGCCCACCUCGCCUCUCCGGUUUCGAUGGCCGACGGCGACCCAGCCCCCAUGAUGAAGGCCGCCGUUGACGGGACCACUUCCCUACUUGCCUCCGCCGUUGAGGCCCCCACCAAGUUCAAAUCAGUGGCCUUCAUGUCCUCCAUCAGCGCAGUGUACUCACCACCCCCUUACCGCUCUCCGGAUCACGUUUUUACCUCGGCAGAUUGGAACCAAGAAGCCGAGGCCAAGGUGGCAGAGCUGGGGGACAACACACCCGGUUACAUCACCUACCAAGCCAGCAAAACCGCUGCAGAAAAGGCACUCUGGAAGAUUGUCGAUGACAAGAAUGAUCCAAGAUGGAAGGCGGUGAAUGUCACGACUUUUUGUCCCAGUCCUGUGUUGGGGCCGCCGUUGUUUAUGCCGAGCCCGUUGUCUGGGCUGAGCAUGCGGGUGAAGGACAUUUGGGAUGUGAUGCAUGGAGGCGAUGUCCCCGAGGCGAGCGUCAUUAGGGGGACUUUUGUUGAUGUUAGGGAUGUGGCGGAGGUGGUGGUGAAGACUGUGGCGAAUGACUUGGCUGUGGGUGAUGGGGAGGAGAAGAGGAGGGAGAGGCUUUUGCUUGUGGCGCAGGAUAAUGUUAGUCCUGGUCAGAUGGCGCAGGUUUUGAGGGAGGAGGUCGGGGAUAAUCUGAGAGGUGUUAUCAGGGAGGCGUCUGCAGGGAAGGUUGAGGAGGUCAAGAAAACGAGGGCGGCAAUGAAGAAGUUUAAUUCCGAGCCAGCAAGGAAAGUGUUGGGGAGAGACUGGGUGAUGUUUCGGGAUAGCGUGGUUGAUAGUGCGCGAUUCUUUGUGAGUUUUGAGGAAACAGAGGCGAUAAUUUGA